GUGGAUGCAUGAAUAAACACACUGUCAGUUAUAGCCAAUUUACUCCCUUCACUUUGCUUAAGUGGAUGGAAAACGUCCGUGGAAUAUUCGCGCGGUAGCCCAAAUAGUUCGUCUCCUGUGAAUAAACAUUGAUGUGUUUAUGUAUGGCCUAAGAAGUCUAGAGACAAGAGCACAGAGGUUAGAAUACGAGAUUCCAUAGGCUUAGAAGACACGGGCUUAGAAAACAUUGUGAGCAGCGCUGUUGGACCGUACAUUAAUUAACCACCCCGCCGACUCCGGAGCAGCAAACAAAUUCACUUUGGCGCUUGGAAAUUGCACGGCUGCACAUCGACUAAUGGUUACGUGUUCUCUUAUUGGCUGAGCUACGUCCGGUUUUCCUACGAAGGUCUUGGCCGUGGAAAAGGCUUUUAAGACUUAAUUAGCACAGAUGAGGGAUCAGAACGUUCGCGGGCUUUAUCAGCAGUGACAAGUAUAAUUUAUUGGUGCGCAAGGAGGCAAGCGUCAGAGCUGUGAGCACAAUUUGGAACACCUGAUCAGAAGGAGUAAUCGUAUCAGAGAAAGGAACGAAUCGAAUACGGGCAAACAAUCCAGUGUGAAAGCUGCGGUCAACCGACUUCUCCUUUUGCCUGCAAAAUGAAUGCACACGCGACUCUAAUCUCGUAACCACGAGUAAUUGAGAGAAUUGGAAGCGAAAACGCGCCACGGUAGCGGACUUCUUGCUUUUGUACGAGUGAUCGCGAAGGCGUAGAAAUCGAACAAGUGAUCGUGGGGAAUUUCUAACCGGCUCGUUGCGUCAAAAGAGGCGAACGUAUUCUAUGAUUUAGUAUUCAUAUCGCCUAUAGUUCUGUCACCGAAGACGGGUUAAUUAUUUGAGGGUAUCAGUACAGGGCUCGAGUGGACGAGCCCCAAGGUAGUAUUAUCAGUGUCUUUCAACACUCUCUAUGUGGAGUGUUCCAAGCUGAUCACUACACGUUCACAAAUUACUCGUCUUAAAUUCGCGCAUUUCUACGGGGCCGAGGAAAAUAAAUGAACAAGUGAGAAAAGGACCUUAGCAGUGUUAAUUACCCAGAGUGCUUUGUAGCUUGGAAGUCACGGUACACAAUGCAUGCUGGACCGGCCAACCUCCACACGCCGACUCCAGCUUCGAGUCAAGGUUGUUUGUGUUUUCGUCGUUCCAACUCCAAAAUGGGGAGCUUGCGGGAGUUGCAACAUGCAUUACAGGAAAAGAACAGUGAGCUUAAGAUGAAGGAUUCACGGAUUAUGGCGCUGGAGCAAGAACUCAGGCGGAAAGAUGAGUUGAUUCGCAGGCUGGAAAGCGAACUCGAUAAAUAUCGCUCCGUGUUGCAACCUCCUGCAAGCGCUGGUCCGGGGGGAAGGAGUCGUGCUCGGAACCAACGGCAGGGUAUUUCGGCCGAACCGCAAAGCGCGAAGCAAGUAGCCGACAGCUCUAAGCCGCUCCAGCGCCAUCCUAAAAACUCCAGAUCCAAAGAGCUCAUUAAGGAGGCUAUACUGGACAAUGACUUUCUUAAGAACUUGGAGGCUUCACAAGUCCGUGAAGUUGUUGAAUGCAUGUGUGAACGGAUGUUUAAGCGUGAUGAAUAUAUUAUCAAGGAAAAAGAACCGGGCUCCCACCUCUACGUCCUUGAAGAGGGAAAAUGUCAGGUGACGAAGGAGGGAACAGUACUUGGCCAUAUGGGUCCGGGGAAAGCUUUUGGAGAACUUGCAAUUUUGUACAACUGUACCCGAACAGCCAGCGUCAGAGCUCAAACCUCUGGUAAGUUAUGGGCAAUCGACCGCCAGACCUUCCAGACCAUCAUGAUGAAGACAGGACUGAUGCGUACAGCGGAGCACAUGGAAUUUCUGCGCAGUGUCAACUUACUAAAAGAUCUUGCUGAGUCCUAUCUUCUAAAAAUUGCUGAUGUCAUAGAAGAGACAUUCUAUGAAGAAGGGGAGUACAUAAUACGACAAGGUGCUCGAGGCGACACCUUCUUCAUUAUCAAAAGUGGAAAUGUUGACAUCACCCAAAGGACCAAUGUCCACUCUGACCCUGUCCAUGUAAGAAACCUUAGCAAGGGUGCCUACUUUGGUGAAAAGGCCCUAAAGGGGGAGGACUUGCGAACGGCCAACUGCAUCGCAGGCAAGGGUGGUGUGACAUGCCUAGUUCUAGAUAGAGAAGCAUUUGUGCAGUUCAUUGGUAACCUUGACGACAUUCAGCGUGAUCAAUAUGAUGACAGUCAACGAGGAGUGGACCCUCAGACUGCCAGACAGAUUCAAGAGUAUGAGAGAGCUCAGCAAGACGAGUUCGCUAACGUCCGUUUGGAGGAUCUUACUGUUGUCAAGACCCUUGGGAUUGGAGGCUUUGGCCGGGUGGAACUGGUUCAAGUUGCUGGUGACAAGAGAACGUUCGCCUUGAAGACGUUGAAGAAGCACCAUAUCGUGGAGACAAGGCAGCAAGAUCACAUCAUGUCAGAGAAAAAGAUAAUGAUGGAGUCGAAUUCACCGUUUAUAGUUAGAUUGCAUAAAACGUUUAAGGAUAAGAAGUACCUUUACAUGUUGUUAGAAGUUUGUCUCGGAGGCGAAUUAUGGACAAUAUUGAGAGAUAGGGGUUCGUUUGAUGACUCCACUACUAGGUUCUAUGUAGGUUGUGUAAUUGAAGCGUUCCAGUACCUCCACUCCAAGGGAAUCGUCUAUAGGGAUUUGAAGCCUGAGAAUCUGCUACUAGACGGACACGGCUACUGCAAGCUGGUGGACUUUGGAUUCGCCAAGAAGAUCGGCUUCGGUCGUAAGACGUGGACGUUUUGUGGAACCCCCGAGUAUGUCGCACCUGAGAUCAUCCUAAAUAAGGGGCACGACCUAUCAGCCGACUACUGGUCUUUAGGUAUCUUAAUGUACGAGCUGCUAACGGGAAGCCCGCCUUUCUCAGGCACGGAUCCUAUGAAGACGUACAACAUCAUCCUCAAGGGGAUUGACAUGAUCGAUUUCCCUCGCAAAAUCACGCGCAAUGCGCAUGCGCUAAUCAAAAAGCUCUGUAGGGAUAACCCCGUAGAACGCUUGGGUUACCAGAAAGGCGGACUGAAGGACAUAAUGAAACACAAGUGGUUUGAUGGUUUCAACUGGGACGGACUCAGGUCACGGAAACUCAACAGUCCUAUAGCACCUAAGAUCAAGUCUCCCGUGGACGCUUCAAACUUUGAUGACUAUCCAGCCGACGAUGACAUUCCACCAGAUGACAUGACGGGCUGGGAUAAAGAUUUCUGAUUGGUUUCAAGCAGAUCAGCGAACUAUUUCAUUGGCUGGAAAAUCACGAUCAAAAAUGUCAUCAUUGUGUCUUCGCAUUGGCUGGCAGCUUUCAAGUGAUGUAAUAAGUCAUCAAUGCAUUUUUAUUGGCUACAGCACAACCGAGUGGUGUAACCAUCGCAUCUUCUCAUUGGCUGAGAGCUUUCACGUGAUAACAACAAGCGUUGUGCUCCUUGAUUGCUGGGAGAAGUCACGUGGUGUCUUGAAUCGCUAUCAGUCUUUAAUGUCGAUGACAGACACUUGCAUAAAACACGCAAGGAAACGCAUAAGGUGUGAUUAACAUCGGGUACUACCUCAUAGGCACUUCUUUUAAGACAUUGUCUAAUAUCAUUGGCUCGUAGCUACCACGUGAUUUGAAGCUAUGACGUCAACACAUCGACUGUUAGAGGAGAAAUUAGGUUACAUCAGUAGCGUAUCUACACAUCCCUAAACUAGUCCUGUACGAUGUUUCUAAAAAGCAAGUGGUUUGUCAUCUCAAGGGUUUGAUUGGUUCAUCUUCCAUUGAUUGACAAACCACUCGUGGGGUUAUAGGUCACUUGAUUUUUUUUUAAUAUUCUUUUUUUUAUUUUUAAUAUCUCUUUCUCAUCUUUUUCUCAUUUUUAAGAAUAAUUUGAAUUUAUUUCAACAAUUUGAAUAUUGACUUUCUGAUCAUCUUAUUAGGGGAAAAAUAGUUUAUGUUUUAUGGGUAAACUUUGCCACAAAAACAAUUAUAAUACUCUAUUUACCUUUGAAAUACCUAUUUUACCCGGGAAUUGUUUUCAUAAAGGGGUUCCUUAUAUUUAUUCUAGGCAUCCAUUUCUUUAAUUUUAUUAAUAUUGCAUUUUCUUUAAAUAUUACGAGGAUUUGGGAUUGAAAGCAAUGGAUAGAUUUUUACGCUAAGGGUGUUAGAGUUAUGUACAAUCUGUGUCACUAUCUUGAAUUGCUUGAAAUGUAGGCGUUUACCCGGUGUUUUUAUAGCGAAAAACAAGCCGCGAGCGAUUCGUGGCCGCCAUCUUGGAUUUCGAGCAGAAAUGAACUUGCGUGACAAAGUUUAUUUUAGCUCUUAUCAUUUUGGAAAUAUAUAUAACCCUUCCCCGUUCACAUUUUAGGAAUACAAUUAAGCCGUUUUUUUUUUAUUUAAAAAGGGCGCAGGUUUAUUUGGCUACUGAAAAUUUAAGUCUUAUUUGCAUAGAUUUGAAUCGCCUAUAAAAACUCGCGUCACGCAAUCCGAAUCAACGGAAAUGUCUUGGCAUGGUAUUGCAGAGGGUAGAGAGAGAUGUUAUGUGCCAUAGGGCCGUUUUCCAGAUUUAGGGAUACUUUAAGAUUUGAGCGCGAAAGCAAUAUUUUGGCAAAUCAAGGUUGUAAUUGAUUAGUGCGAAAGUCAGAUUUCGUUUACAGCAUCGUUUGCGAUAAAGCUUAAAAUGGGGGAAUUUAGUAAGAAAAUGUUGCAAACUUUGACAUUCGAAAGUUUUGUUUACACCCUUAAAUUCUACCCUAUUAUCUGGAAAAUGGGUAAACGCCAGGACUUGGUAAACGUUCUCGUAUAAGCAAAUUGACUCAGUGAUCGGCCAUAUCACUUUUUAUCAUUCUUCAGACUAUAGAUUCUCAGCGUUUUCCUUUCUUUGUAAUUUAAAUGAAAUAAUUAUUUUCUUAUGGUGUGAAGCGGGAGGGGUGUUAGUGUCAAAUAGUAUUGAGUUUCGCACAAUAAUAUAAUGUCAAUAAUCAACUACCUUAACCUUGUAAAUACUUGAAAUAGUCGUAUUCUGGUAUUCUACUCGAAUCUAGAAUAAAGACCUAUUCUUAGAAUAA